AUAAAUACGAGGGGCGCCGCUGCCUCCAUUUCACAACAGGGAAGAAACCUUGAGGAGUUCUUGCUUCAACAGUGUUUGAACGGAACUUCUUCCUUCGUCCCGAUUUUUCUAUCAGCCAGUCUGCAUUCCGGACACGACAAUCCUCUUUUGACUUGAACACUACUGAAACAGUCGCCGUAAAGCUUUAUUUUUGUACCGUUUUGUUAAAAAAGCGUAAGAAACCGCCAGCCAAGAUGGAGUCACAAGUGCGACAGAACUACCACCGCGACUGCGAGGCCGCCGUCAACAGGAUGAUCAACAUGGAGCUGUUUGCCUCAUACACCUACACUUCCAUGGUGAGGAUAAAAACUGAACUUUAAUGUGCAAAAUUAAUAUGUGCAAAACAUAUGCUUCUACUGCGUGUUUUCUUGAAUUAUCUGCAACUUGCAGACGAAUACGUUAAAUUUAAAGAACAAUUUUGGAAACAAGUGCUUCUUGACAAAAUAUUUUAGUAAUGAGUGGUUAUGAAAGGCAGUUUUUAAGAAGUUUCUUGUUAAUUUGCCUGUGAGUCUAUCACGGAGAAGCAGGUUGUCAGAUAAGGAGCGUCUCUUGCCCUGACUCGCCUCUGAAUGAAAAAGUGCUGUGUCAUGCUUCAGACUCCCUUAGUCACUCUUAACAUAGAUGUGUCUGUGUCUAAACAUACUAUACUCCAGAGAGUGACUCACAUACUGGCUUGACCACUGACUGGCUGCAUAACAACUAUUUGUCCCAACCCUCUGCCAUAUAAUGAUAGGUGACAUCUUCUAAUCACAGUUUUUGUCCCCCUCUGCUUGUUUCCUAUAGGCCUAUUUCUUCUCCCGGGAUGAUGUGGCCCUUCCAGGCUUUGCUCAUUUCUUCAAGGAGAACAGUGAUGAGGAGAGGGAGCACUCUCAGAAGCUGCUGUCUUUCCAAAACAAAAGGGGAGGACGCAUUUUCCUGCAGGACAUCAAGGUAAGGGCAGGUCAAAGAGUGGCUGUUACACCACACUGUGUUGCAACAGGAUGAACAUACAGUCUUGUCACCCUGAUUCCCUCCUGUUCAAUAUUCCUGAACUGGAGUUUUUCAGUGGGAUAUUAAGCUUUCUACAAUGAUAACCUUUUUUUUUUUUUAAUCCUAGAAACCGGAGCGUGAUGAGUGGGGCAGCGGGCUUGAGGCCAUGCAGUGUGCUCUGCAGCUGGAGAAGAAUGUUAACCAGGCUCUGCUGGACCUGCACAAACUGGCUUCUGAUCAUGGAGACCCACAUGUAAGUUCUAUUUAGGAUUCAUAAAAGAGUGCUGGAUACACCUAGCGUCUAGUAAUACCUUAUAAUCCACCUUUGUAUCAAACCCUCACCUUCUAUGUCUUCUUCCCAGAUGUGUGACUUCCUGGAGACCCACUACCUGGACGAACAGGUGGAGGCCAUCAAGAAGCUGGGUGACUACAUCACCAACCUGACCCGCAUGGAUGCCCAGACCAACAAGAUGGCAGAGUACCUCUUCGACAAGCACACCCUGGGAGGUGGCAAAAGCUAAAUGCUGUGCGGGGAUCAAGUGCCGAAUUGAAGUCUUAAUGACACACAGGCUCUAAUAAUCAAUACACCUUUCUGCUUCAUCUGUUCAUUCACUCGGCACAAAUUUAAGAAUAACAGCUUUGAAAAAUAACCUCCUGUAUGAUCUGGCAAUGUCCUUGUUUUUGAAUGUCAUAUGGAUGGGUAUCCACCAGGUUUUGGCUUCGCUCUUGGUUUCCAAUGAGCCUCCUGAUAUGACCUUUGUUUUGUUUUGUUUCAACAACUUGUGACUUUGAGUUUCUGAUCUGUUCUGAAUCUGAAUAAACAUUUUGAGCUGGAAAUAAGUUUGUGACUGUCUCUUGCAUAUCCUGCUUAAAGAUUCAAGGUAACACUCAUACAUGCCCUGCAACAUAAUUUUAACGUGGCAAGGUCACAUUAAUACUGAAAUGGUCAUGGUGAAAUAGACCGCUCUUUUUGAUUAAGCUAAAUUAAAAUGACUAUAAAAUUUUUUGUGAUAUUGAAGUGAAUAUUGCCUAAAAUCUGCCUCAUUAAAUAAGUGAUAAUACCUUUUUUAAUUAGCAUGACGGCCGUACUUUCUUGCUGUCUUAGCUGCACCAAAUUCAUGUGAAAUCAGGAAAAGCAGCUAUCUGAGUUGCUGACUUAAUUAUUUGAUUUUUGAAAGAAUUUUUACACAAAUGUAGGUUUAGAUAAUGUUUUCAAAGCCUAAAGAGAGAGAGAGACUAUUAUGACAGUUUUGGAAGAUAUCAAAAGUUACAAGAGGAGGUUAAGCAUUGUAAGUGUAAAAUGGUAUGUGACUUGUGCAUACUGCCAUCUACCGUGGAGGGGAAAAACAUCACACACUUAACAGAUCUGAAUAUAUCUGUAGUGAUCAUUUUGGAAUCAACAAGUCUUAAAUUGAACAGACACUGUAGCUUAUUUAACAAAAACAUAUAGUACAGUGUAAACUAUAGAUUAGCAGAAAUGUAGACACUGAACAAGGAAAUAAAAACCUUUAAA